AUGGGGAAUGAAACCCAGUCGCCUGGGACAAUGCUGGAUUCUUCCAGCCCCGGCCGCGACGUGGUCGAGUACCACAACGAUGUCCACUUCAUGUCUAUCCUGGGCGAAAUCAUGGGCCACCGCAGGACGAAGCGCAUGAUCCGCAUCGUCAUCGAGGAGAAUCCCACGGCCCCGGAUGAAGUAUGCGACCAGCGACUGCCGCCGAACGUGAAGAGAGAGCUGUCGGGGCUGGACGAAACCGAUGUCGAUUAUAUCUGUUCAAGAAGGGCGCGUUCUGGCUCCCGCCGCCGCAGUGCUGGUGUGUUUGUCGUAUACCCCUAUGCGCCUGUUCUGAACCGAGUCAAGUUCAUGCAGUCAUACCAGUCCUCGCAGCAUUCGUCGCUGCUGCUGAACUCGAUUCUCGUCAGCGCAGUGCCGUAUGCACCCACGGCCUUGCUUAAAGAAUGUGGCUUCGAGGACCGUUCCUCUGCGCAAAAACACUUCUUUUCAACGGCGGUGCUUCUUUACGACUUUGGCUGCGGGAAGAACCAGAUCCAUCGCCUCCAGAGCUCUCUUCUACUGGGCACGGUGAUCUUCUCCUUUGUGUCCGAAAAGGACUUCCGUUACUGGCUUCAUAAUGCCGUGCGUAUUGCAACCCGGAUGGGCCUUCACAGAAUCAAUGAUUUGGACAACCACUUCGACCCGGCUACGUACAAGCUCUGCCGCCGCAUUUGGUGGGUGAUCUAUUGUCGCAACGUCCUUCUGUCCAUUUCAGGCAUGGAAAAUAUCCAGAUGAUACACAGCUGUGAUUGCAAUACAGCGCCCAUGACGGAGGACGACUGGGAGGAGGCGGACGAGUCUCCUCCUAAUCUCCCUCCCAUCACACCGAGACAGAAGCUCUUUUGGGUGGAAUAUUCAAAGUUGGCCAUAAUCGGAGCUCGAUGUCUUGCCAUUCUCAAAAGCCAGCAGGCUCCCCUUUCAUCCACCGACGUCGAUGUUAUAGUGACGUCCUUCAAUACCUGGCGAGUAUUGCUUCCGGAUACACUGCGGACUGACAAACGGCUGUUGCAGACGACGAACGACGACAUAUGGCCAAUAGUUCUCGUCACAACCUGUUACAGAUUCGAAUGUGCCAUAUACCGGAGAGUCUGCCGCAUGUAUCAGACUAGAAAGGAAAUCUAUGAAUACGACUGGGCCAAGCAGCAGCUGCGGAAGGCAGUGUUUGAUUUUGACAUGAUCAUCGGCAAAGUCAUGGCGUAUGACAUGCUAUCACGGCUGCCCUUGUCCUUUAUUGGCUGCGUGUACACGGUCAUCGCCCUUCACAUCGAAACCACUCUGGACCCAACGGAGAGCCCGAUUAACCAGUCGCUCGCUCUCCCGUACAUCCACCAGGGGAUACUGGCUCUUCGAGCAAUUUCAGAACAAUGGCGUACCGCCAAGUGGACAUUGCAACUAUUCGAAUGGGUUUUGACACAGAAAAACAUACCCUUGCCGCCGCACCAUCCCGGUGCUGCCCCGGGCUCUCCCCGUUCACAAGAAAGGGAGGCCGGCUCGGGGGCUGACGCUCGGUUUUCACAGCCGGAUCUGCUUGCCCAUGGCCAUGGCCCCUAUGGUAUAGAAUCCGAUACCUUUACUGAUGAGUUUAUGGGCUUUGACUUUCUGAGUAACCCGGAUCUACUGGGAUUGUGGAAUUGA